UUCGCUAAUGCAAGACAGAAUCUACAACUUCCAGACAAAGAGCUCAGACGUCUUUAUCAUGACCUACCCCAAAUGUGGAACGACGUGGACCCAGGAGAUCGUGUGGACCAUGAGAAAUAACCCAAAUCUUGACAACCCAGAGGCCCACAAAUUCAUCUUCGUGAGAUCGCCGUUUCUAGAGAUGGACAUGAUGUUUCACAAACCAUCCUGGAAAACGCUGCCCUCCUGGAACGACCCAUUAGUUUGGGCCUUCGCACAGCUCUGCCCUUUCAAAAAUCCCCUCAAUGGCAUCAUGCUGCAAAUGUCCCAUGCUAUUCCGGACCCUCGAACCAUCAAGACACAUCUGCCGUUUUCACUCCUGCCUCCGACGCUGCUCGACGUUUCCAAGGUGGUUUACAUGGCCAGGAACCCGAAAGACGUCAUAGUGUCCUAUCACCACCACUGCAGGAUCAACACGAUGCAAGAUUACGUGGGAUCCUUUGAGGACUUCGUCCAAUAUUUCGUGGAUGAUGACUUGAUGUACGGCCCCUACUGGCUCCACCUGAAGGAGGUAUGGGCGCGGAAGGACCACCCGAACCUCCACAUCAUGUUCUUCGAGGACAUGAAAUCCGACCCCCUUCGGGAGCUGAGGAGACUCAACGACUUUCUGAACACCGACCUGACGGAGACGCAGCUGGAGAACAUAGCGAAAUACACCAGCUUCGACGAGAUGAAGGUCAGGAUACAGGCUUCGGGCUUCAACGAAGACGUGUUGCCGGCCUUCAAGAAGGACGUCAUAGAGGCUGACGGAGGUUUCUUCAGGAAAGGCGAAUCUGGAAACUGGAAGGAAAGAAUGACUCCGGAACUGGAGGAAAAGGUCGAUAAGUGGAUCCAGGAGUACACGACAGAUCUGGGCGUCGAUUUUAAAUUUGGAGUCUGAGGUCGUCGAAUGGUCCGAUGCCCCUAUGUGCGACGUACGGCGGUUUGACUGACGAGAUGUUUUCGUAGCACGAUUUUAUUUUUUCUUGUCCAAAAUCCGUAAAGGAAUAUGUUUAAAUGCAUAUAGCAU